CGGGUCUGGUGGCCAGGCCAGGCCAAGUACCCGUCUCCGUCCGCGCCGCACCGGCCCACUCAGCAGACGGACUCCGCCACGAUGUACGGCCAGAUUUGGCGCCUCGUCCCCAACGCCUGCUCGCCGCUCCAGCCGAUCCGCGCCGGGGCGGGAAGGGGCAGCUGGCCGGCCGGUCGCCCCGCGCCGCUCCGCCGGCCGGCGCUCGCCUCCGCCUCCGCCUCCACCCGAGGCCUAUGCCGCCCCCUCGCCGUCUCCGCCCAGUCGGCCAGCCUCGACGCCGGUGUGAGAGUGGAUAAGUUUUUCGAAGUUGAGAUGAAGGUGCGCGACUAUGAACUCGACCAGUAUGGAGUUGUCAAUAAUGCUAUCUAUGCCAGCUACUGCCAGCAUGGCCGUCAUGAGCUACUUGAGAGCGUAGGAAUAAGCGCAGAUGCAGUAGCUCGCAGCGGUGAGUCGCUGGCCCUCUCUGAGAUGCACCUCAAGUACUUCGCGCCUUUGAGAAGUGGUGAUAAAUUUGUCCUCAAGGUGAGGCUUGCAAGCAUCAAAGGUAUAAGGAUGAUAUUCGAGCACUGCAUUGAGAAGCUGCCUAACCACGAGUUGAUUGUGGAAGCAAAGGCGACAGCUGUUUGUCUUAACAAGGACUACCGCCCUACCCGUGUGCCUCCAGAGUUUCUGUCCAGGCUACAGCUGUUUUCAUCCAUGGACAAUAGUGGUUAAGCGACUACGGUGAUCGCAACAACAAUCUUCUGGGACGAUUCUGAUAGCGGCCAUGCGAUUAAGAGCUACGUUCAGUUUCUGUGUUGCAUCCAUGUAACUUAUGAAUUACUCCCUCUGUCCCAAAAUGCAGUCUCAAAAAACGUCUUGCAUUAUGGGGAGGGAGUAGUAUUUAACUUGUACUCCCUCCGUUCGGAAUUACUUGUCGUAGAAAUGGAUGUAUCUAGAUGUAUUUUAGUUCUAGAUACAUCCAUUUUCGAGACAAGUAAUUCCGAACGGAGGGAGUAGACAUUUGUAACCCAUGAUAGUAAUACUUUGUCCAAAAAUUGUUGAGUGGUACUUGGAGUAAAUGUAUACAACCUCUGUUUUUUUGGAAUUUGCAAAACGCCUGAAUUC